UACCUUCGUCGUCUUCAUUCUCAAUCGCCUAAAACCCUAACCCUCACUUUCUUCACCAGUCUAGGUUUUUACAGAAUCAAUACACACAUAUAUAUAGAGAGAGUUCAUAUAAAUACAGAGAGAGAGAGAGAGACAGAGAGGCGAAGAUGAGUCUGGUGGCAGGCUCGUACGAGCGAUUCAUAUGGGGAUUCAAGCUCAAAACCCUAAAACACUCCCAAGAAACCCUAACCCUAACCCCACUCUUCACCUUCCCCUCCCACAUCUCCCCCAUCAGGUCAGUCGCCGUUUCCGGCUCCGCCGCGGCCUCCGGCGGCGCCGACGACACCAUCAAAAUCUACGACCUCUCCACCACCUCCGAAAUCGGCUCCCUCAACGACCACUCCGCCACCGUCACCGCCCUCUCCUUCUUCACUCCGCCGUCCCUCUCCUUCCCCCGCAACCUCAUCUCCGCGUCCGACGACGGCGCCGUUUGCAUCUACGACGCCGACCCUUUCGUACACCUCAAGACUGUUCAUGCUCAUAAGAAGGGAGUGAAUGACCUCUCUGUGCACCCUUCGGGGAAGUUAGCAUUGACGGUUGGGAGAGACUCUUGUUUGGCGAUGUUGAAUUUGGUUAGAGGGAGAAGGAGCUUUUUUUGUAGGUUGGGGAAGGAAGCGUCGAUUGUGAAGUUUGAUUUGGCUGGAGAUAAGUUCUUUAUGGUUAUGGAUGAGAAAGUUUCGGUACAUGAGUCUGAGGAUGCGAAAUUGGUCUUUGAAAUGGAUAAUCAAAAGAGGGUUCUUUGCGCCGCUCCAGGCACGGUGAGCUUCCUGUGAUUUCAUGUAUGUAUGUAU